UUUGGCUGUCACAGCCUUUUUGGUGCCAAACCACCGGGGGAAAAAUAUGGGCCGAGGAAUUUAGGGCUUAGAGAAGGGGGGAAACAGCCCUUCCAGCGUGACAAACCCUCCAAAGCCAGAAAGUCCCCCCUCCCCCGACUCCUAUUGGCCUCUUGGAGAGCUGGGGGAGGACCUCUGGGUGCCCCAAAUAAAAGCCCAGAUUAGCCAAGGUUACAAAUCAUGGUUGGAGAGCCAGGGGCUCCUCAUUCUGCCCACUCAACUCCAGCCUCAGUUUCCGGUCCAGCUCGCUCUGCACCCAGAAAUGGCCACCCCCUUGGAGAAAGCCCUGGACACCAUGGUGGUCACCUUCCACAAAUAUUCCCAGAAGGAAGGAGACCAGUUCAAACUCAACAACACGGAACUGAAGGAGCUGCUGAAACAGGAGCUGCCCGGAUUCAUCAGCAAAAAGGACGAAUCCACAUUUCAAAAAAUCAUGAGCAACCUGGAUUCCAACAAAGACAACCAGGUGGAUUUCAAGGAAUACGCCACGUUCCUCGCCUGCAUUGCCAUGGCGUGCAAUGACUUUUUCCACGGAUUCCCGGACAAGGUGCCACGGCAGAAGUGAAGUGUGGAGGGGCAGAGGGGCGGGGGGGGGCCGUGCGACACGAGCGGGCCAGCGUGCAAGACGAGGGCGGUGUAAGGUGA